AUGGAGCCUCCCGACGUUCCGGACUACUACGACGACCUCGGUGUCGAGCAAACGGCCACUGCCGAAGAGGUUAGACGAGCUCACAAGGUCCUGGCUCUGAAGCAUCACCCGGACAAGCUCGGCCCCGGAAAUUGUGGCGACGCGCACGAGUUUCGCAAGAUCCAAGAAGCUUUCGAAUUCCUUCGGGACGAUGCAAAGCGGUACGAGUACGACCUCAACUACAAGAGCCUCCGACAGAAAUGGAAUCGGUACAGAGCAUGGCAAAAGCAUCAGGCGGAGGAAGAAGCCAAACGUCGGGAGGCUGAACGUCAAGCCCAGGAAGAAGUUGAACGCCAACGGGCCAGCCAAAGCUCUUGGACGAGAGAAGCACGCCAGAGAGCUGAGCGAAACGGAACCCCGACUGAAGCUCAACAAGACCAGUGGGAAGCUUUCCUAGUGGCAGAACGCAUGAUCAAGGAAAGAAUCGCGGCCAAAUGGACGGAUAUUCGAACCCGAUGCGACAAGAAGAUAACUGUCCGGGUGGAUACGGCGGCGCAACGAGUGAGGAACCAAACUCACGAGAGAUUGAGAAAGCGCGAAGAGGAGAUUCGAAGGGAAAUCGCACCUUUCUUCGAAGAAGAACGGCGCAAGGCCAUCGCCAAGGCCAUCGGCGAAGUUCACAGGCGCCUUGACGCAAGAGUGGAAGAGGACAUCAAAGCUUUUCAUCGAAAAAGGAAAGUUGAAGAGAAACGGAUCAUCAACCGGAUGGAAGAUCAGCGGAAAGUCUUUUACGAGCGAGCUCUCAUGAGAGCAGCAGAAAAGGAAGCCGAAGAGAAGAGAAAGGCCAUGGAAGACUUCCAGGCCCGUAUCAGGGAAUGGCAAGAAGAGAAAGCGGCCAGAGAGACCGUCGGCCGAGAAUAA